GUUGUUCAAAACACGUUUGUGAUAAAUUCCCCACCGGCUCCACCAAUAAGGAAACUAUAAACUUGAACCAGACUUUCAGUUCCCUACUGUUUUUAUUUUGUGAAUAGUGUGAUUUAUUCAGGUAACAUUCAUAUCUGUAAAUCACGCAUUUAAGAUCUGUAUUUACUUCGAACAGAAAUGAAGAGGCUGUGUCUUUUGUUUUUUUUCUAUGUUGCUGCGACCUUCGCCAGUGCUGAUGAGAUGAAAGCAGCCACAGUGUACUGGGAUGCUACACAUAAGACUGUACAACUGAGAGAAGGAGUGAUAGAAAAAGAGGGGGAUGCAUAUGGAUACCUCAAUGACAGCCUCUCUCAAACGGGCUGGAGUGUACUGGAGAUCCGUGCAGGGUAUGGGGAGACCCUUGAGCAUGAUGAGGUCACCUACUUCCUUGCGGGAUACCUAGAGGGCUUCCUCACUGCACCGCAAAUGAUUAGUCACUACGCCAACAUGUAUCCCCAGCUGAUCAAGGACCCCAAAGUUUUAGGUCCAGUGGAGCGCUUCAUGGUGAAGCAGGACUCGUGGACCAGGGAGCAGGUGAAACUGAACAGGAGCACUGAUCCUCUGUGGCACCACACUGGCUUCAUAGUGGCCCAGAUGGACGGACUUCAGGCGGRGGUCGCACACUGGGCCAAGAAACAAGGGAAAGAGGUGCCUGCUGUACCUACCUGGGUAGCGCCUGAGAAGUUGCCCGUGGCACUGUUAACCAUGUUCCUUUCUCUUUCAGACUACAAAAAUGACCCCUACUCCAAGGGUGACCCAUGCAAGUCCAUCUGUUGCCGUAAUGACCUGAGAGAGAAAGACCCCAGCCCAGGAGGAUGCUAUGACACCAAGGUGACUGAUUUCCACAUGGCGCAAGAGUUCAGAGCGGAGGCGGUGAACGGUCCCACGACGCAGGGUGACCUCCCUCCCUUCUCCUGGGAGAACUUCAAUAGUACGGCUCACCAGGGUCUGCCAGACCACUACGACUUCCCCUUCAUCAGCAUGCAGCCUGCACUCUUCAUGCCCUGAGAGAGGUGCCAUAGGGGAGGAGGGAAAAGGUUGGAAGAGUUGCCUAUGGGGUUAGGGUAAUGGAGGAGGGAGGUUAAUGCAGAUAGACUUUAAUACUAUCAUCUUUAUUUACAGUCCAAUGUAGUAAAUCAGCCUCGGGGAGAAAUGCUGCAAUAAUGAUCAAGCUUCAAGGAAUUCUUAUUUUAUCUGUGUUUUGUCUAUAGCCUACCUAAUUUUUUUCUUCAUGCACUCAGUUGACCUAUGUCUUGGACAUUGACUAAGAGUUGCUGCUGUACUGCUGUCAUUUAGACAUAUUUUGAAAGAUGCUGAAUCAAUGUAGAAAAUUAUUGAAGCCUGGUUUGUUCGGUGCCAAAUACUAUUUUUGUUUAAAUUCAGGUCAAUGACCUUAACCUAGAUUAAAAUUCAGUACCCUUUGUAUUAUAAUCAAAUCCUGACCCUGAAACUAAUUACAAUCAUGUUGUCAUAUGUUGAAUUCACUAUAUGAUAAUAUCAAUGCAAUUCUCAGGGCUCAUGUUUCAUGUUUGUUGCAUGGCCUGCUGCUACGGUGGGUGUUUCUAUUUUUAUACAUGGAAGAAUAAUUUUGAACUUUGUACUUGUUUGAUGUCUUGGAAAGCUGCACUUCAGAAAUGUAUUUUUUAUGAUCAUUGUUAAUAAAUUUGAACAGUGCCCAUAACUUU